GAUAAAAUUAAAGAAAUUAAAAAAUUGAAAAGUUGAUGUUUGAUUUAUUAUCGGGAACUGUUCCCCUCACAUUACUCUGCUGCCCGGAAUGCAACCCCCGGCCCGUAUUCACUCCAAACAAAUUUAAACCUACCCCUCUCUCUCCACUUUUACCUCUCUCUCUCUCUCUCUCUCUCUCUCUCUACCCCAGUCUCUUACAUUUUCAGUAGUGGUACUGGUGCUUCUCCCUCUGCAAACCCAUUCAUCUAAGCAAACCCUCCACUUUUACCUCUCUCUCUCUCUCUCUCUCUCUACCCCAGUCUCUUUACAUUUUCAGUAGUGGUACUGGUGCUUCUCCCUCUGCAAACCCAUUCAUCUAAGCAAACCCUGCCUCUUUCCUCUCUCUUUUAACUCAGUAUACCCACUUCUUCUGCCUUAUACUGGCUCUCCCAACCAUGGAAACUUUCAGCUUCCUCAAGUACUGGCGCAGCGGUGGCCUACUUGCUGCCACCCCCGUUCCUAACAGCAUAGACACGGUUGGUUCUGCUAACAUGCACACCACCACCACCACCACCACCACAAUCCUCACCGCCGUUGCCCAAAACGACGACGAAGACAGUGACAGCGACAACGACGACCGGCCUUUCUUCGACUUAGAGUUCGCCGUCCCCGACGAAGACGAAGCGGCUGCUCAAAACCACGACGAGGAAGCUCGGCAAGAGGAUGACUGCAACGAGGAUGUCCGGCAAGAAGACGACAGCGGCGGCGGCGACGACGACGACGACGAGGAGUCUGAUGACAGUGAGGAUGGAGAGGGGGAGUUUAACUUCACCGUCCCUUCCGGGUCGACCCAGGACAGAACGGUCGACCCGAAUCUGACUCUCUCUCCCUCCGACGACUUGUUCUUCAAAGGGAAGCUUGUGCCUAUCGAGCACUCGUCGAUUGAGUUCAACCCAUCUGAAGAAUCUAACUCCAAGCCCCAAUUCGCCGUCUCAUUAUUGAAAUCGGCCACCAAAUUUCGUGUUUUCAUGCUGGGUUUGAAGAAAUCGAAGUCGAAUUCAAACGGGUCGGAAAAACCAGGGAAAACGGAGCUGCCGGCGGCUGGAUCUGUUGCGGCGGUGGCGAAAGAACCACCGCAAAAACCCCAGGAAAAACCACCGCAAGAGGAACCGUCGCAAAAGCAGAAGCAGCAGGGGAAGCUUUUCACGGUGAAAUUCAAGGUUCAGGAGGUUCCCAUUGUGUCUUUGUUUGCCAGAGACAACAACUCCAGAAUCUCUGCAACUAAUAAGUCGCAUACGACCCAGCGGAAGCCGCCGCCGAUAACCGCUUCUGAAGAAUCGGCUUCUGAGGAAAAGCGCUUUCCCAAAGAGGUAAUGCAAAAGUACUUGAAAAUGGUGAAGCCUCUCUACGUUCGCGUUUCAAAGAGGUAUGGUGAGAAGCUGAGAUUGUCCGGGCAGCUCAACUUGAACGGCUCGACGGCGCUGGCUUCGAAUCAGGCCGAGAAGCCCCAGUCGGAAAGUGAAGUUUCAGAGCCGCCGCCGGCGACGGCGAGCAAUGCGAAGAGUGGUCAGAAGCAGGGGAACUUUCCGGCAGGGCUGAGAGUGGUCUGCAAGCAAUUGGGGAAGAGCCGGUCCGCUUCCUCCGCCGUAGCCGCGGCCCCAUCGGCCGCCUUAGUCGCGCAGAGGAGAGAUGAUUCGCUGCUUCAGCAGCAGGACGGAAUCCAAAGUGCCAUCCUGCAUUGCAAGCGUUCCUUCAAUGCCUCCCGUGAUUCGGACACCAACCGGAUAUCUCGGUCAGUGAGCGAUUCCUCGAACGAAAAAAAUGUCAGUUGAGAUGUCACGCAAGUCGUCGGAUCAAGGCAAAGGAGGUGGGCUUUAACGGCCUUGAUCUUUUCCCGCAUGCUUUUUUGGCGGGAAAAUUGGAGCAGGGGUCAAGUGAAUAUUGCUGUUGGUUAAUCGUACUCAAAUCAAAGAGGCCAAAAGGGGAACCAGAAAAAAGAAGUAAUUUUAUGCGGAUAAGUUUUUCUUGUUAAUUAUUGUAAAUUGCUUUUAGAAAAAGCCAGAAAAAUUGAGAAGUGGGAGGAAAUGUUUGUACAAACUAGUAAUUUGGUGUUUUGCUAAUUUUAAGAGCUUUAGCUUAAUUUUCGGUUAGUA